GGAGCUGCCGGAGCGGCGGGCGGGAGCGGCGCUGGGGGGCCAGGCCUGGCGCGGCGUCCCCGCCAUGGAGAUCGAGAAGGAGUUCCACCGGCUCGACCAGGCCGCCAGCUGGGCCGCCAUCUACCAGACAGGCUCUUCUGAAUGCUCCAGAUAGAGAGGAGAUUGCCUUUACCUUAUCAAAUAAGAAUAUAUGCCUUUAUAAAUGAAACAUUACAGAAAAAAUAGUGGACAUCAGGCACGAAGCCAGUGAUUUUCCAUGUAAAGUGGCCAAACAUCCCAGAAACAAAAAUAGAAAUAGGUACAGAGAUGUCAGCCCCUUUGAUCACAGUCGAAUUAAGCUAAACCAAGGUGACAAUGACUAUAUCAAUGCUAGUUUGAUAAAAAUGGAGGAGGCCCAAAGGAGCUACAUCCUUACCCAGGGACCUUUGCCAAAUACUUGUGGUCACUUUUGGGAGAUGGUUUGGGAACAGAAAAGCCGUGGUGUUGUCAUGUUGAACAGAGUGAUGGAAAAGGGAUCCAUCAAGUGUGCACAGUACUGGCCACGGAAAGAGGAGAAAGAAAUGCUUUUUGAAGAUACAAACUUGAAACUAACAUUGAUAUCUGAAGAUAUAAAAUCAUAUUACACAGUACGACAGCUAGAAUUGGAAAAUCUUACGACACAGGAAACUAGAGAAAUUCUGCACUUUCAUUAUACUACAUGGCCCGACUUUGGCGUCCCGGAGUCACCUGCUUCAUUCCUCAAUUUCCUCUUCAAAGUGAGAGAGUCUGGCUCGCUUAACCCUGAGCACGGACCCGUUGUGGUGCACUGCAGCGCAGGAAUCGGGAGAUCAGGAACUUUUUGUUUGGUUGAUACGUGUCUUCUGCUGAUGGACAAACGGAAAGAUCCUUCCUCUGUGGACGUUAAGCAAGUUCUUCUCGAAAUGAGGAAGUACAGAAUGGGACUUAUACAGACAGCAGAUCAGCUCCGUUUCUCCUACUUAGCUGUUAUUGAAGGGGCAAAAUUCAUUAUGGGAGAUGCUUCAGUGCAAGAACAGUGGAAAGAGCUCUCCAAUGAGGACCUGGACCCUCCACCUGAACAUACCCCACCACCUCCCAGACCACCAAAGCGAACCUCAGAAAUGCACAAUGGAAGGAUGCACGAACACGCGGAAUUCUUUCCUAAACAUCAAGUAGUAGAGGAAGAGGUGAGAUGUUCAGUCAGCACUGUGGAAGAGAUGGUUCCAGAUGGCAGAGCUCGUUCAUCUGUACCACUGAUCACAGACAGCACUGGUCAAGACACUGAAAUUCGGAGGAGAACUGUUGGUGAAAAUCUGCAUCUCUCGCCCCACAAAGAAGAGUCGAUGAAGUCAGAAAAUUCGGAAGAGGAUGAUGAGAACCUGAUGACAACUUGGAAGCCAUUUCUAGUGAAUAUAUGCUUGUUCACUUUCCUCACGGCAGGAGCUUAUCUCUGUUACAGGGUGUGGUUUCAUUGACGGACAUGCCAGCAAGACCGACCCUGCAGACAACACCAACGAUUUGAUCGGUUUGUAAUAAGCUUCUCUGAAAGAAAGCUGAUCGAGGCAUGUGAGCCUUGUCUCAGUGGAGGUAGAUCUUAGCUUGAAAGGCCAGAACUUUGGUUAGGGCUUAAAGAAAGAAUUGAUGCACUAGGGUUUUAUCUAGCCCUGUGGUCCCAAGAACAGAAUAUUCUAAUCUCAGGGCCUUAAAAUAUUCAGGAGUAAGCAGAGAAAAUGCCAAAUAGUCUGUUAUCCUUUUUUUUUCUUUUUUUUAAAAACUAAAUAAUAGAAUUACAACACAUUGUUGUUUUUAGCCUUUUUUUAAAAAGCCAGUCCUUUUUCUUUUGUGUUUCAGAAAAACUAGGCACAAGUGAAACUUGCUUGUACUCUCCAAGUGUUGUAACCAAAUACACGACUUAGAUUGAGUUCCCAAAACCAGAGAAGGAAACCCACAUACCUGAAGAAUGUAAACUUUUUGGAAGGGAGGGUGUUGGGGGAGGGGUGUUUGUGGUUGGUUUUUUGGUUUGUUUUUUUAACUUGCUUCAUCAUUAAAGACUGAGUUGUGGGCAGUGCCUGUGGUAUUGAUAUAUUUAAUCUUGGCAUAACUGUUCUUAAAGAGCUUACUGUUCUACAUGGCUUACUGUUUUACAUGUGUUUAUAGAAACAGGCUUCUGCAUUUGCUCAGGGUAUCCCAACAUGUCAAGCUGGUUUGGGUUUUUUUUUUUCCUUUUUUUUUUUUUUUAAAGUGUAUCUCCUCAUUGACUUUAGUUGCACUCUACUUGCACAUAUGCCUAUUUACAUUGCAGCAUCCUUUGUAAAGCUGUGUUUGCUUUUAUAUUCUGGGUUAAGAGAGGUUGAGGGGAGGGAGGGAAACGAGAAGGGAAAUUCAACCAAAACAUGCCCUCCAGCAUUCUGCAGCUGUGCAGUUGGCAUUCAGAAGGACCAGUUCUUAAAGCUCAUCAUUUGGAAUGUAAAAUGCAGUUUCACUUUACAUCUGCUCCAUAAGGAAUAGCGUGCUUCCUGCAAGGGCCGGAGAGUUAACGUACUCGAGGCACUGCAGGCAGUGAACAGGAAAGCAUUUCAGUAAAUCCAGAGCAAUUAAUGCUGUGGCAGCUUCCUCAAGACAUAAAAAGCUCAACAGAAGACAUGUUGGUCUGUGAACGAUCGGUUGGCUUAUGGUGCAAGCGUUUGUGUAUUCUGCUUUUUUUAAAGCAAAGAUGUAAAAUACUGGCUUUAGUUUGGGUUGAAAAUAUGCUCGCCUGUAGUUGUCAGACACAGCGGUGUGAGAGGGUGAGUUUGUGCUGCUGCGGGCGCUGGGUGAUGACGGGGCUGUUGCUGUCCCGUGGCGGGGAGGGGGCUGCGCCUGCAGGGCCCUGCACCAGGACAAUGCCAAGUGCUUGUAAAUUAGGAUUUGGGUGCAUUGGUAGCACUGAGACUGGAAGUCAGCACUGCGCUAAGCAUUCUUAGUCAAUGCUGUUCCUCUCGUUAGUACCAAAUUAUUGAUAAACAACAAUAGUGAAGAUUUCUUUGCUCAUGUCGUGGGGCAGAGGACAGGAGUAAACUCACUACUGGAAGCUGUAGUGAUUGAAAUGAAACCAUGACGGCUGAUUUGCGAUAUUGUUACUGAUCUGUUCUUUUUAUUUUUAAAGGCUUUCUAGAUUUAUAGCACUUAACAACCGUUCUCAGUGCAGCUAUUGCUAGGGAGUACUGUGUGUAAGUCUCUCUCCACUCCAUAUUUAUUUUUGCAAAGCUGUAGGUGUAGCUCUUUUCCUUCAGUGAGUAAGUUGGUGAACCGGGGCGGGGGUGUGUGGGGGUGGGAGUUGUUUCUGUUUUGUGUUUUGUUAAGCUUGCAUCAAGGGCUUUUCAAAAGUACAAUAAUAAAUCCUCAGGUAGUACUGGGAAUCGAUACUUUACCUGUGAGACUGUUGGUCAGACCAGUACUUGAAAGGAGGAAUGUUGUAAUCAGUCAAUAGUUACUUAUAUUAUUGGAAACAUGAAAAAAUGAGUAUAGAAAAAUGGUAAUAUAUAAUGGCUCAUGUGUAUUUAAGAUACAGUAUGUGAUUGCUUUGUCCCCACUCUUCUCUCCAUCAUCUGGUAGAAUACUGUUCUACAGCAACACUUGUACCCCGUUUGUAUGAAAAUGCAUGUAAAGUCUUCUAGUGUCCUGGUUAAAUACCACGUGCUUGAAAGGUGAAAGAACUUAUAUUUCUGCUUACUGAUGUGCCCAAGUUAUAUUUGCAUGACGUGAUCAUUAAGUGGCUGUGGUUCAAAGGGUGUUGCUGAAAGUAUCUUCCUUCAGCGGUAGACUGAUUCGGUGUUUAUCAGAUAACAUGUACUCGCCUAAUACUUGGCAUGACUUCCUACUGAAUUCUGCGUGCCCAGUGUAACCCGGUUGUUCAGCAUGGUUCAUUUCAGCUGAGUAAGUAUAGUACAGACAUUCCAGAGUGUUUCAUAAGCCGUAUCCACACCUCGCCUCCCACCACUUCAGGGAAGCAACAGCUCACUGAUUUCAGGGUAUGACUUGCUGCGCUGGAGGAGGGAGAGGAGAGCCUCCUCUGCCAGAUCUCAGUAGCACGCUUUGAUCCGCAGAAAUACAGGCUCCUGGAGUGGUGGCCCACUUCAAACAAACAAACAAACACCACCUCUCUACCAUUCCCAAGAGAGAAUAUUUUAAAUUUUAGUCUUGGCAGGAAAGCAAAGCAUCCUUCCUUUGAAUCCAGAAUAGUUCACUUGCAAAUUAUUCUAACGGGAGAAAGUUUCUGCAGACAAUACAGCUUUGAACAUCCCCCUUUCUGGCCUUGUAUUUUGCCAUUUCUUUCAUCUGUUCUGAAUCCAGAACUUCCACUGUCCUGGGAUAGACAGCAGAACAUACCACAAGCUCAGUGAGGUGUGCAUAAGGCUUAUAAUAAUGAACUGUAAACAUUUUUGUUUUGAUGUCUUGUAUAUGUAUGUAGUAGUUCGGGUGUGUAUAUACAGUAGCGUUUCAAAGUGGGUGUAUUGGGUAACCUAUUCUUGGAAAAAUGGACAAAUAUCCAUGUUAAACUUGUUAGAAAGUUAGUGAGCUGCUCUGCUAUAUGCCUUAAGCAAAUAUUUACUCAUCAGGUCUUUCUUUUUUACAGAUUCCCAUAGAAUAAACUUUUUUUAAAAAAAUAAAAAAAACAAAAACAAAAAAGCUAAAUGUUUUGGUAUAAUACAUUUUCAGGUAUCUUGUUUUUUGUGUAAGCCGCUGCAAAGACCUCACAGGUUAUAGUAAAACUGUACAGUUUUUCAAUUUCCCAUACAAGUUUUCAGUUCUCAUUUUAGUUGUAACAAUAAAAUUCUUUUUUUUAAAGA